AUGCAGCAAUCUCUAGGCUUGUUUUUUAAAAACACUUUACUUACUGGAGGAGGAGGUGUUCGGGGGUUCUUAGGACAACGUGGGUUGACACCUUUUGUAGAUGGCCGUGUUAGAGGUUCUAAUGUUUCGACCUUUUCUGGCGGAGGCCCAACAAAUGUUUUGGAUUCUCGUGUUUACCACCAUGGAGGCACUUUUUCUGGACAUCUUCGAUUUGGUGGUAUGCAAUUAUCUUUUCCGCUCGUAUCCGGACGUGGAGUUCAUACUGGUGGAGAUUUGACUGUUUCGACCGUUGCUGCGAGAGGCUCUUCGAAUGUUUCGAAAGUGUAUAGUCAUCCAAAUCAAUUUAUUAAAAAGGCUGAGAAAUAUCAACGUGAUGGGGAUUAUGUUCGUUCAUCCAAGAAUUGCUGGAAGGCUUACGCCAUGGUUGUCAAGCUUCUUUACAAAAAUCUCAAAAUUAAUAUACAGUCAUAUGAUACAUUUCAUGAAUUGAGCUUAUUUGCAAUUGAUUUUAUUGGUUCUGGUCCAGAUGCAGUUAUACUUGGUUCUAUAACUUCCAUGAUGGAAGAGUAA